CAGCCGUAAUAAGUGACUGGCUAUAACAACCGAUACAAUUUAUAGGGACUAGCCAAUCAAAGCUCCUCACUUUGCGGUGGUACGCUGUGUGUGGUGCAAGUGAUAAGACAGCGUGCUGCGAUACGGUGCUUGACAGUAAAGCGAGAAACACGCUAGCGAACGGGACACGAUACUUUUUAUUUCUCUCUCUCUUACUCUCUAUUUCUCUCUGAUGAACAAGCAGUCAACCAUCAUCGAGAUCAUGCUUAUGCGUGUCUGAUUACACAUUGUGCUUGUUCUUAAUUUUUGUCCUGCAGAGUUGUUACUUCAAGCAGUCAAAUCUCUUAAGUUGUGCCGGCCGACACCAAGCAACCGAUAAAGCCAAGUCACUCCACGGCAAGGGACGAGCACCCUAUUAUUUUGACCCGGGCCGGUAGGCCGUUAGCGUCCAGUCACUAUAAUCAUGUCGGUUACGAGAAACAGCGGUUUUCUACUUGUUACUCUACUGUUCACUUGGGUGGUUUGUCGCGCUGAGUUGGCAGAUUUCGUGGAGAAUGCUGAGGUGGCGAAAGAAGUAUCUAAUGAAAUUGAAGGAGUAGAAGCAGAGCAAUGGCAGAGGGACGAAGACAAGAGACAAUACCCAGGAGGGGCUCCCAUUGGUCUAGAUGGUAAAAGACAAUGGUACACCGGCAAGCGGCAAUGGUAUACGGGUAAACGGGACGCUGAAGACUCGCCCGCAUUAUUAGCAGAAAACGAUAAACGCCAAUGGUACACUGGCAAACGGAGCGGCAACGAAGAACAGCAGCCCGACGAGGCGAACAAGAGACAGUGGUAUACCGGCAAACGGCAAUGGUACACCGGCAAGCGAGGGGACGAAGACAGGGUGCUGGACGACGAUGCCGUGAACUCUCUCAAACGCCAGUGGUACACCGGAAAACGCCAGUGGUACACCGGUAAGCGAAGCGGGGUCGAGCAAGCCGACGACGGAGACUUGGAGCAACAAUACAACAAACGGCAAUGGUAUACCGGUAAAAGGGCCGACGACCUUGCUGAUGCUGCUGACCUAGAAAAGCGGCAGUGGUACACCGGGAAAAGGCAGUGGUACACCGGUAAACGCAGCGAUAGUGAAGACGAGAAAAGGCAGUGGUACACCGGUAAACGCAGCGAUAGUGAAGACGAGAAAAGGCAGUGGUACACCGGUAAAAGACAAUGGUAUACCGGUAGACGUUAAUCAACCACCACCACUCCUUAAUGAACUGUCAAAAUAUUUCCUGGAUAUUGCGGGGCUAUUAAAGACUUUUUGUUUUCAAACACAAACGGUUGACGAAUCCCUCCCCGAAUCCAGUUGCAUUAUUGAAUGGAAGAAACGGUGUAAGAUAACAUUAAAAUAAGUUUCAAGUUUUGCAUAAAUAAUUUAUGGAUUUUUUGUUUUGUUUUCUCGAAACAAAGACCGAAGUCACACAUAUAGUCAAAAUAUUAUUUUCACUACCUUUUCUGAAGGUUCAAAGCAAUGAAAACAUUUUAGGCCUAGCACAUUUGUUUUGAAACGAUAAGGUAACUCAUGAUCUUCGUAAGGUGACACUGACAAAAGGAAAUCCACCCCAUAUUUUUUAAAUUUAAUAAUUAACGAUUAAUACGGAAGCCCCAAACUGCCAUUCAAGAUAUAAGUAUAUCGUAUAGUAAUACAGAAGUUUGAUAUAGUUUAUCUAUAUGUUCUUCAAUUUCUUACAUGACGAACGUUUUGACGUCACUGUUACGUCACUACGGCGAGGGCUGUCCCAGUGACGAUGAUAAGGUGUCACGAAUAUUGUCGGUGACCGUUUACAAGUUCAAUGGCUGUGUUUAUGGCGAGAUUGUGUCGUAAAGCAUAUUUUAAAUAACAUGGCCGCUCUGAGGAAACUCAUUAAAAAAAAUGAUGUUUUCAAAUCUUGAUGUCUUGUAUCUAAGAACUUGUUAUUAUUCAGGGCUACAGUGGCCAAUCCCGAUGAAAACAAUACAACGACCACAUUGUGUGUUAACGCGUAUGCACCAAUAAAACGCAGCUGAAUAAAUCAUUAACAAGUCCAGGAAAUUCAACCAAAACUACUUUUUGUUUAAAUUGGAGUCUGAGGUUUGGGUAGGAUAAAACCAAACAAACCUUUUCCAGUUAUUUAUUUAAUUAGUUAAGUAAAAGUUAAUUGUUUCCGUUUAUUUAAACUGCACCGUCACUUUGUUUAGGUCUGAGGUGCAGGCUGUAACAAGGAGUUGCGAUAAAAUAUUAUUAUGUAAAUAUUGCUUACAAAACAAAAAUAAAAGGCAAAACUAUAAGAUAAACGGAAAUUUAUGUUACCAUUGUUUUGCUCUGCACUAAUUGCUGCUAUCAUUAUCUUUAUAGAUGAUCAUUUUAAACAAGCGAGGUAAAUGUACACUUGAAUAUGUCCGUUUUACUUAGGGUUCAUUUAACACACUAAAAAGAAAGAUUGAAAAUACAGUAAAAGAUAAUCGUGUUUUGUUUUGUCUUCUCCUUUUCGCCUUGUUUUCUUUCUUUAUCAGAGCAUUCAUUGCCAGCCUAUAGAUUCAAAUACACACAUUGCACAAACCGGGCUGUGAAUAUCUUAUCACUUAAAGCUGGUCCAAAAAAAGCCGGAAAUCCACUAAGCUGAGAAUUAUCAGGAAAAACAAGUAAAAAACAUCAUCGUGUUAACAUCUAAUGAUUUGUCUGGUAACCUGUUUCUGCUAAGCAAGAUUUUCCUUUUUGCAACUUUGGUUGACAACAUGAUGAUUCAGGGGCUAGGUCCCGUUUUGAGAUGAUAAGAAUUUGUAAUACCAAGUUUGGAAUGCGGGGAGCUUGUUGACUUUCUUACACUUUCAUCUAAUCAAACACUAAUCAAGCUGAACUAAAUGUGUUUUAGGGACAAAAUUCUCACCCAUUGAUAAUUUCGGUCGAAAA